AUGUUGCUGCGUCGUCUUCUUCAUACGUCAUACUACCGCACUUACCUAGCAAGACUGCCCCCAACGGACAAGCCAUCUUCUCUAACAACAACCACAGCGGCCCCAACAACUUCAUCUGAACCAACAACAACCACAGCUUCUCUAACAACAACCACAGCGGCUCCAACAACAACCACAUCUGCUCCAACCACAACCACAGCUGUACCAACAACAACCACAACUGCUUCAACAACAACCACGACUGGACCAACAACAACCACAGCGGCUCCUUCAACAACCACAGCUACACCAGCGACAACUACAGUGGCUCCAACUGCAACCACAACUGUACCCACAACAACCACAGCUGCACCAAUAAGAACCACAGCUUCUCUAACAACAACCACAGUGUCUCCAACAACAACCACAGCUGCUUCAACAACAACUACAGCUGUACCAACAACAACCACAGCUGGUCCAACAACUACACCUCCACUAACAACAACCACAGCGCCUUCUACGAUUACCACUGCGUCGACCACAUCUAUAUCUGCACCGACAGCAAUCACCGGUGCACAAACAACAACCACAGAAUCUCCGACAACAGCUGCACCAACAUCCACAGCCACCCCAACAACCACAUCAGCUCCAACUACAAAAACGGCAGCUCCAAUAACAACAGUGGCACCAACAACCACAGCUGCUCCAGCAAAAACCACAUUGCCUCCAACAACAACCGCAUCUGCACUAACAACCACUACAGUGGCUCCAACAACAACCACAGAGGCUCUAACCACAAACACAGUCACUACUGCUUCCAAUGCACCAACCACCACGGUUUCCACAACUACUGCUUCUGGACCAACCAACAUUGCUGCCACUACUGAAAUCACUGCACCAUCAGUUGGUACUGACACAAUUGCCCCCCCUACACAAUCCACAGCUACUGCAGCCAGUACACCCACUACAACUACUGCUGCAACUACAACAACCACAGUUUCAACAGCUACAACCACCACAACCUCCAAUGCAGUUCACAACAAAUCAAGUGUCUUCUUGCUCAUAGCUUUUUUUUCA